GGGAGGCGGAGUCGGCGGCGGAGGCUGCGCGCGGGCCACGCGCGGCGGCGACUCGGGCUAGGCAGCCGCGUUGCCCCACUGCCCUUUGGUGCGCGCAGGUCCGCUCCCCUUCCAAAAACUGCGGAGCUGGAGGCGCGGCCGCUCGUUCGAGAGCUCGGCAGGGGCAGCGCAGCCGCCGGCCGCCCCUCGCUCCCGGGCGCCACCACCCCGCGCCCUCGCCGCUGCUGCGUCCCGCGAGACCUGUGUGGAGGCCGGGAGUCGCUUCGAGUUCCCUUUCAGCGCACGUGGUCCUGGGACACUCCACCCAGGAACCCAGGCGGCACCGCGCAGGGAUUCCCAGCAGCGGGGUUCUGGCCCCAGCACGUGUUGCAGCAGCCUGGCGAGCCUCCUUGCGGCCUCCAAGUGCCGGUGGGAAAAAUCAUGUCUUCUUCCAGAGUAGGGCUCCGUUUGGCUGCCUGUUUACUAAACAUUUCAGAAGCCAGAAGAAAAUACGUUGUUGAGAACAUAGCAAAAGCAGCUCUUCUUGACAAAAAUGGAAAGAAACAUCCUCAAGUGUCAGUGCUCAAUAUAUUUUCUAAUCAAGACUACAAUAGAUCAGUCAUUACAAUAGCAGCUUCUGUUGAUAAGUUGGGCAGUUCUGUUCUGGCUGCCUGCCUAGAGGCCUUCCAGGCUAUCGAUAUGGAAGUUCAAGAGGGAAUCCACCCUUGCCUGGGAGCAGUGGACCUGAUUCCGAUUUACCCUCUCUCUGGAGUCACAGUGGAAGAGUGUGGAGUGGUGGCCAGAAUGGACAAAUGCAACCAAGCCUAAAGACAAGUGCUAUUGCGAGGUCAACAUCCAGGAACCAGAGCAGGGAAGAGCAAUCCACAGAAUGGAUCUGGGGUGACUCAUGGAGGAAAACCAACACACAGUAUCAUUUAAUUCUUUUAAAAAAGAUAGAAAAUUACACCAUACCCAGAAUUACUAAAUUCUAAAUAGAGGGUAUAUUGCAUUUGCAUUUUUAAAAGAAUGUUUCCCCAUAUAUCUUUUAAAAAUUCAUUUUAAAGAUAUACAAUAAAAAGUGUUUAACUCUGUUUUUCAAAA